AAUUGCUCAAAGGAAAUAGAUCACAGUUUUUAGUUUAAUAUCCGGGUUACCUGGAUACGCACGAUUCUAAUUUACUAGAUUUUAUAAUUAAAAUGUUUCAAAGCGGAGUCAAAAGACCGUUAAGUGAUGGAGUUCCAGAAAACUGGAAUAGUGGUGAAGAAUUAAGCAAUAGUGGAGAUGGAUUUGGAAGCUCAGAUCGUAAAAAAAAGAGAAGAAGUAGAUGGAAUACUGAUGAGGACAAAAUAGUUAUUCCUGGGAUGCCAACUGUGAUCCCUGCAAAUUUGUCAGAAUCUCAACAGCGGCAAUAUGUUGUUCAUCUUCAAAUUGAGGAAAUAACUCGUAAGCUGAGAACAGGAGAUCUGGGAAUUCCUGCUAAUCCUGAGCAAAGGUCACCCUCUCCUGAACCAAUAUAUAAUAAUGAAGGUAAAAGGCUGAAUACCCGUGAAUAUAGAACACGUAAAAAGCUUGAAGAAGAACGCCACAGAUUGAUUCAAGAAGCUAUGAAAUUAAAUGCUGAAUAUAAGCCACCUAGUGAUUACAAGCCCCCUGUCAUUAGAGUUAGUGAUAAAGUCAUGAUACCCCAAGAAGAACAUCCAGAUAUAAACUUUGUUGGCUUGUUGAUUGGACCUAGAGGUAACACCUUGAAGACCCUUGAAAAGGAUACUGGAGCCAAAAUUAUUAUCAGAGGCAAAGGAUCUGUAAAGGAUGGUAAAAUAGGUCGUAAAGAUGGUCAGCCAUUACCUGGAGAAGAUGAACCCUUACAUGCUUAUGUCACAGCAAAUAAUCCAGAAAAUGUUAAAAAAGCAGUUGAAAAGAUCAAAGAAAUAAUUAAACAAGGCAUUGAAGUCCCUGAAGGUCAGAAUGAUUUAAGACGCCAACAGCUUAGAGAGCUAGCAUUGCUGAAUGGAACAUUACGUGAAAAUGAUGGCUUAGCAAAACUUCGACAGAUAGCAGAAAGUCAAACCAUUGUCACAAAUACUAUUAUCUGUACUGUGUGUGGAGGGACAGGACAUAUUGCUCAGGACUGUAAACAAAAAAGACCAGGAGAUACAUUCCGUAUGCAGCAAAUGCAAAACCCAGCAGACAGGGCUAAAAUGGACAGUGAAUACAUGUCAUUGAUGGCAGAGCUUGGUGAAGGACCUCCACCUCCAAAAUCUGAGGCACCCAAUCAAAAUCCUGCCGCCAAUUUUGGAAGACCACUCUUGUCAAAUCCACCUCCUAAUCCAAUGGCUAUGAACUCUCCAUGGCAAAUGAACAGACCUCCAAUGGGACCUGGCGGGCCAAUGAUGACUAGACCACCUAUGGGGAUGCAGCCCAAUGGUCCACCCCAAAUGAAUCCACAUGCUCGCAUGCCAAUGCCACUGAUGUCAACUCCCAUGCAACCUCCCCCCGGCAUGCAAGCUCCACCAGGUCUUCUGCCUCCUCCAGCCUCUCAGCAACAACCUAUGAUUGGUGGAAUGGGAAACAUGCCUCCUAUGCCUCCCAUGCAACAACAGCAAGGUCCAAACAUGAUUCGCCCCUGGCAACAGCAGCAGCCUAUGGGAUCCCAACCUAGUCAACAGCAACCAAUGAUGAAUAGUUCAAUGCCACCAACAUCUGGUACUUUAGCCAUGCCUCCCCCUCCUCCUACAUUAUUGGCGCCACCACCUCCACCCCCGACAAGUAGUCAGAGUCCAGUACAGCCAACACCUCCAUGGAUGCAGCAACCUCUUGCAGGUAACAUGGGCAUACAGACUCAGCAACCUCCGCCACCUCCAACAACAACACCUACAGCUCCUUGGCAACAGCAGAUGACGGCGCCACCCCCUCCACCUGUGUCUUUGGCACCUUGGCAGCAACCACCACUUCCUCCGGCCAUGUCACUGUCAGCCCCACCUCCCCCAGGGCCCGUGCAGCCUCCUCUCAUGACCACGGCUGUACCUCCACCACCACCUCAGACAAGUACAGGUCACCAGUUUAACACGUUUGCGCCCCCUCCACCCCCUCCCAUGUCCUACAGUAACCAGAGAAUGGGGGGUAUAAACCCAAUGAUGAUGGCUGGACCUCCGCCACCACCUCCACCCAGUUAAAACUUUGUAUAGGUAAACAAGGAAACAGUACACUUAGCAGUAUGUGUCAAUGUUUAUGAAAAGUUACAUUAGUGACUGACUGAAUAGAUCAUGUAUGCAGAGCCAGUGUUUAUCUGGACAUCUAGACAUUGAACUUAAUUGUUUCUUAAGAAGUAUAAUCUUGCAGGACAGCAAAAAGAACUGUUAACUAUAUUUUAAAACAUAUUUUAAAACCUUUGAUAUUUUUUCAUACAUUUUGAUAUACUUGAGAAUCAGAUGAAUGCAGUAUGUCACAUGAUGUUCAGUAUUUAAUUGUACACUUCAGUCAGAAACAUUUCUGAACUGUGGCUUAUAAAACAUGUAUUAUUCCCCAUGGACUUUAUGUCUUGUCUUUUCAAAGCCACCAUUGACUUGUAUGCUUUUAUUCUCCUAAUUUGUUCUAUGUUUUACUUAUAACUCGGCACUAGUUAACAUUGUUAGACCCUGUCUUGUCAUAUCAUGUCUCCAGCAAAACAAGUGUGUAUUCUGACUGUAAGUACUUAUGUUGACAUUGUUGUUGUGGUAGUCUAUUGUACUCGAGACACUGGAUGAAAUGCUCAGAACUCAAAGGUGAAAUAAAUUAUAAAGUUUUAGCUUUC